UCUUCCAAAAUUAAAUGACCCUCAAAGUGCUCUCCUGCUCCUUCAUCACUGUCACGUGCCGAAGCUAGACCAUCUGGCCCGGACUGUACAUCCGAAUAAUAUUAGGAAAACUGCUUCUAUCCACGACUCUAUGACGCGCGCAACAUUUUCACAAGUACUAGGCUUCCCCGAGUUGGUUCUUCCAUGGGAGCAAAUAUCACUGCCAGUACGUCUGGGUGGAUUUGGUAUGUCAUCCCUGUCGUCCACCUUCAAACUCGGUUACGUGGCUUCAUGGAUACACUCACUUGCUGAGCUCCCACUUCGUUUUCCUGCUGUAAUACCCAUGGUUGACAACGUGGUUGACCAUCAAUUUGGUUCAGUUGGUGAUGCUCUUGCCAAGUCCAUACCUCCUGACAAGCUUCUGUCUGACUAUCUGGCAAAUCCUAAGAAACUUCAAAGCAGACUUUCAAAUCAGUUCUUUGCAGACCAACUACAACUUUCAUUAAAUAACUCUGCUACGGCUAGAGAUGCCUCUAGGUUAUAUUCCCUACAGGGAAAAGGAGCUGGAGCGUGGCUAAAUGCAAUCCCUGCAACACAAGGUUUCGCAUUCAAACCCUGCGAUUUUCGCUUGGCGUCGCUUGUGAGGCUUGGAUUGCCCAUCUCUCUGUCACAUUGGUCAGAGGCAUGCAACUGCAGUGCACCACUGGAUGACAGCGGAUACCACCUACUCACAUGCAAGACCGGUGGAGGCCCUAUUUGGUCUCACGAAUCAAUUGCUGGGGUGUGGUCUGAGUGCCUCAGGAGCCUCCAAAUCCACCAUCGACGGGAGCCAAGGAACAGAUAUGUCACUUCAGAUUGCAGGCCUGACAUUGUCAUGUUCGAUUCUGAAUCAGCUUCCAACCUCGACCUGGACAUCUCUCUAGCCCACCCUUGGAGUGCGGAUGCAUUUCCAAGCUCUGCUGAUAGAACAGGCGUCGCUGCUAAACAACGAGAGAAUAGGAAGGCGGCAAAAUACAGCCAACAAAAGCUCCCUGGGACUUCAGUUCUCAAAGCCAUCCCCUUGGUAUUCGAACAUUUCGGUGCAUGGGGAGAAGAGGCCAGGAACUUCUUGCGAAAGCUAGCAGCUUUCUCAUCAGACGAAGUUGGUCAGCCAAACGCACCGGAAUUUGUGGACUUCUGGCGUAAACGAUUUUCAGUGCAGCUGCAAAAGUGCAACGCACGGGUCAUUCAGAAGAAAUUGAAUGUGUUGUGUGGUGGGUGUCAGAUUCCCGAGUCACUCAGCACUCAAUUCUUUUAUCAUUAGUGUACUUUUAGUUGUCUCUUUUGCCUCAGAAAAUAUGUAUACACUUACCUAUGAACACUAUAAAGCAUUUAGCUUUAGUCGAGUAGUUUCUGCUGUGAUGUAUGAUAGUGUGAUUGUAAGAAAUAAAUGAUUCUUGACAGACAGACAGACAGGCAGGCAGACAGACAGACAGACAGACAGGCAGACAGAC